UCGAGCCCAGGAGAAAACCGUGCAGCGCACCGGAGUGACCGACCGCUUCAGGACAACGGCUGUGUUUGGCACCGUGGGACAUCUCUGUUCGAUGCUACAUUGAGCAGUAAUUAAGCAGCAGAUUAUCAGCGGUGUCUGUCAGUGCUGUUAUACAGACACGUUCAUCAGUUCAGAGCUCACUGACUAGUGACAAACUACAAUAAGGAGUGGAUGGAUGUUGCUGUUCUGGAGGAGCCUGCAUCGAGAUUUUACUGACCGCAGUGAGGCAACCGUUGCGUGAGCCAGAACUGGGAAAGAGGACAUUGGGUACGAGGCACCGGGAGACAGGCAGCAGAUAUGAUGACGGAUAUCUCCGGUCCGGAGUUUGAGAUCGACGUGGAGAGUCUGGAGACCGAGAGCGACGACCAGGACCAGCCGCACUACAGCUCCUCUCUGCCCGGCGCAGCGUACGACGAGCCGGGGGCCAAGGAAGAUGACAAGCCACCGGGGACCACCAGCCCCGGGUCCGGCGAACCGAGGAAGCUGAGCCGGACGCCGAAGUGUGCCCGCUGCAGGAACCACGGCGUGGUGUCGUGUCUGAAGGGGCAUAAACGGUUCUGCCGCUGGAGGGACUGCCAGUGUGCCAACUGUCUGCUGGUGGUGGAGAGACAGCGGGUCAUGGCGGCUCAGGUGGCACUACGGAGACAACAAGCUACAGAGGAUAAAAAGGGAAUUUGUGGGAAGCAGAUUCCAGCGGAGAGAAGAGCUAUCUACCAGAGAAACAUCAGACCAUCAACCAUGCUGGCUAAGAGCAUUCUGGAAGGGUACCGUCCGGUGCAGGGUGACCCGUACCUGGGGGCCAGCCCCCCUCUCCCGCCCCCCCUCAGCGACAGGAUGAGGAAGAGGAGAGCGUUUGCUGACAAAGAGCUGGAGAGUGUCAUGCUGGAGAGAGAGUACAAGGAGAGAGAGAUGCUAGAACCCCCUCAGGCUGCCACAGCCUCUCUGCUCUUCCCCAACAGUCUGGUCCGCCAUGCUGCAGAGUACAAGUCCUACAAGACAGCCCCGGAGGAGCCUCACCACUUCCUGUCGCCCAGCUGUGUGGACCUCUCCCUGCAGUACGCCGCCGGCCCCGGCAACAUGGAGCUCAUCUCUUCCAAUGUCUCCGUGGCGACCACCUACCGCCAGUACCCUCUGACCUCUCCGCGGGGGUUCAUGGUGUGGCCGCGUGGCCCCUCCCUCCUGUACCAGCAGUGCCUGCUCAAUGCCACGGCCGUCCAGAACAUGAAGCCAGGUGCAGCCUGGGAGCCCAGGAUGAUGGGCGCCGCUGCAGAGAGCCUGCCGCCCGACCAUGACGCCAUGGCAACCACCACCACCACCUCGCCCGCCAAGCUGAAGGGUUCGAGGUUCGCAGCGGGCCUCCUCGAGGGUUCUGACCCCCAGCUGCAGGACGGCCCUGCACAGUCCCAGGCCCUUCUCACCCAGGGGGGGCACCACAAACGAUCAGCCUUCUCCCCCCCAAAGAGAAGCUUUGGACAGGCCUUCCCCCCUAGUACACCUCACCCCCAGCCUCACCCUAACCCCCCCAGCUAUGAACAUGUCCUGAACAAGCUGAGCAAGGGCAAUGCCAUGAAGCUCAACUCCUUCCACUCACUCAUCCAGCAGACACUGAGUGAGAAGGCUAGGGCUGAGGUAGGAGCUGGGGCUGGGGAGAGAGCUGGGACCGGGGCCGGGGUCGAGCUCCGGGGCCCCUACUGUAAAGAACUGCUGGAGGAAGCAGCCAGAAAGUACCGUGAAGGACCUUCUAAGGACUUCUACAGUUUAAAAGGCUCUGAUAGAUACAGCAAGGAGUUCCUGUCUAAGUCAGCCGGGACCAAGGUCGUGUCCAGCGAGUCUCUGUCCUUCUCUGUCGAGGCCAUUCUGAAGAGACCGUCACCUGCUAUGAACAGAGCUUCACAGUAACAACAGUCAUGUCUAUCUGAUGAACAGGGAUUAAUAACCUACCUGGGAAUUUGUAAUACCCUGGCCCAUUUUUCUGCUUUGAGGUCUCCAUUAUCGGCUAAAUAAUGACCAUUUUGCACAAACCUCGAAUUUAGACCCACUGGUCUACAGAUGGACCAACCAUUAGCCCUAUGGACAGUCUGUUUCUCUCACACACACUGUGCUUGCUGUAGUAAUGCCUCUCAGUACAGAAACAUUUAAACCAGUAAUGUAAAUGUUUAUAUGGAUAUUAUAUUUUAUAUGAGCAUAAAUGUAACUCUCUUUAUGGUGUAGAGUAUUUAAAUGUAUCACUUUAAAAUGUUGCCAUGUAAUGUGUCAAUAAACUUCAUAAAGAGUCAAGAGUGGUAUCAG